AAGAGGCGGACAUGACUGUCAGCACAGGCUUGGGGGCAGGAGGGAUCUUCAGUGCACCAGUGCCUGGGGGUGGGUUUGAGGAAGCUGGGCCUUGCAGUGCUUAGGGGUAGGAAGCUUUGGGUCACUUGGCUAGGAUAGGAGGGAGGGAGCCAACAGUCCCUGGAGGGCCAAAUUAAGCUAGAUGCCCGGGAACUAGGCUUAUCAAGGCCCAUUAAAGAAGAUCCUUGCAGGAGAGGGGCAGGAGGGCAGAAAGCAAAGAAUGUUGGGGGCAGCUCCUGUGGGCCAGGUUGGAGUUGUAGGGGUAUCCCUUGUAUGGUACCUUAAGUGGGGAGUCCUCUGCGCCUUUCAGUGAUUGGCAUCUCCAGUCCUGGCGGCUAUCCUUGGAAACAGUGGCAGGGUAGAGGUGGAAUUGCUGGGGACACAUUGCACCCCGAAGAGGUUGAGGAUGUUAACCACUCCCUGUGUGAUGCCCUCUAGAGGGCCCCCCCAUCCAAAGGUGAGACAGCCUGAUCUGCUGAUCCUACCUGCCUUUUCUCUUCUCACCCCUCCCAGGCCCUUCCUCAUUGAGGCCCUCAGGCCCCAGUAGUUCCAGUGAGGGGAGGGCCUGAGCUUGAGCAGGCUGGCAGCUCUGGGCCCCAAACCGGUUUUCCCACCUUGCCUGAGGCUGGCACAUCACACCUCUGUUUCCCUGCCCCCACCUCAUUGUAGUUCCUCCUCUCUCCACCCUGGAAUGUGGGGGCCAGGGGGAGCACUUAUCCACAUCAUCUUUUUAAACAGGAAGGUGGAGGGGCUGUUCCACACUUUCCCUUCCACACCUCUGGCACUCAGGGAUUCCUUCUAGGCCUUGAAGGCUUCAGAACUAAGAGCAAAAAGUACCUGGGAUUCUCAGCCCCACCUUGGCCCACGUCUAGUCCCCAUCUGAGCUCUGGAGGAUGAGACAAAGAAGCCCAGUCUACCCCCUCGCCUGCUCUGGAGUAAAUGGGUGGGAGCAGUAGUCUUCUCCCUAGAUGCCACUGGCCAAUCCAAGUCCCUCGCCUCAAAUACCAAGGCAAAUGCUUCCAUUUAUCUGCUGCCAACAAGAAUGCCUCUUGCUCGAACUGAGAUCAUCUCUUUAAUGAUAACACCAGUCGACAUGAAUAGGGCUCUUGCUAUGUGCCAGCCUCUGUGCUAAACACUAGAUGCUCACAAAGCUCCUGUGAGGGGACUUACUUCCCUGGUGGCCCAGUGGCUAAGACUCUCUGCUCUCAGUGCAGGGGAGCCUGGGUGCGAUCCCUGGUCAGGGAACUAGAUCCUACAGGCUGCAACUAAAGAUCCUGCUUGCCGCAGCGAAGAUAGAAGAUCCCCUGUGCUGCAACUGAGAUCUGACGCGUCCAAAUAAAUAAAAUAUUCUUUAAAAAAGAAACCCGUAUGAGGUAGGUAAAACCAUGAGAAAACAUGUACAGAAAAGUGCCCAAAGCCAAAUCACUAGUCUGUGGGAGAAGCAAGCUCUCUUCCCCAGGCUGAUCUUGAAGUGUCCCUUUACUAAGACAUUCUUAGCUCUGUUUUCCUAAAGGAACUGGUUACUGACUCAGUUUCUAAACUGUAGAAUAGCUUUGGGAGAUGAAUGGUGUAGAAGUGUCUACAGGAGCUGAAGCUCCCGUACUUAUAACUAAUGCCUGUUCCCCCAGUCCCCAAAUACAGAUCUGUAAAUAUCCUUCCCAUUCUCCCUAUUACUCCUUUGGGACAAAUAGAUGAGAACCAUAUCCAUUUCAUGAAGAAGGAAAUAAGGUUAAGGACUUAAAUGACCUGCAAAGACAUUGGUCUUGAGGUCUGGUGUUCUCCCUGGGAAUCUGGGUUACAUACUAAAUGCCUCACCAGGACUCUACUGGGGAUGGAGGUGGGGGGUAAGGGACAGUGGUGUGGGGAUGGCUCUAUGAGCACAGAGCUCUGAGGAGGACCUGGCAAGGACUGUCACACAGCCUUCCACAGUCCAGAUGUGAAGCAGCUGGUGACUAACAACAGAGCCCCAGAUAAAGCUGACAAACACUGGGCUGCUGCCUUCACUUAGGACUGAUUGCUAAAGGACCCUGAAGGGGAUCCCUGUUCUGAAGACACUGAUGCAGGGAUUCUGGAGGCCUGGUUGUCUUCGGCAGUUCCCAGAGUGGGCCAUUUGGCAGAGGUGGUUUCUUGGGAGGCGGGGAAGAGAAACUGCCUUUUCAAAGUGAGGCCUGAAGUGAGGCAGCGGGAGGGGGGAAAACUACAACUCCCAGAAGCCCCUGCUCCCCGGCGAGUCAGUUUCGGUUGCCAUGGUUUCAGAAAACAAUAUGGCCGCUCCCAGCUGGGAGGCGAGUCUGGGUUAGAGACGCAGCGGCGGAUCUGGGUCGCAGCAGUGGCGAGAGAAGAGGUCUUGAGGGCUCGUGAGGUUGGCCCUGGACGCUAUACAGCUGGAACAGGCUGACCUUUCCGAGGGCGCCAAUGGCGGGCAGCGUGGAUGAGGAAGCACUGCACCAACUGUAUCUGUGGGUAGACAACAUCCCUCUGUCCCGGCCCAAGCGAAAUCUGUCCCGGGACUUCAGUGAUGGAGUCCUGGUAGCAGAGGUCAUCAAGUUUUACUUCCCCAAGAUGGUGGAGAUGCACAAUUAUGUCCCUGCCAACUCUCUCCAGCAGAAACUGAGCAACUGGGGUCACCUGAACAGGAAGGUGCUGAACAAACUGAACUUCUCUGUACCAGAAGACGUGAUGCGCAAGAUAGCACAGUGUGCCCCAGGUGUGGUGGAGCUGGUGCUCAUUCCACUGAGGCAGCGCCUAGAGGAGCGUCAGAGACGUAGGAAGCAGGGCAUCGGCUCCUUACAGGAGCUGACUCCCCAGGAUGGCACUGACUACAUGGAUGUGGGUUUGUCCCAGAAGGCCCGAGGGGAAGGUGCCCCAGACCCCCAGGGACGGGGGCAACUCAGGGAGGGCCGACUGCCUGUGCCCCAGCCUCCAGGGUACAGCCAGGCAGUGCAAAGCGACCCAAGCUUCGUCCUCCAGAUCGCUGAAAAGGAGCAGGAGCUGUUGGCCUCGCAGGAGACCGUGCAGGUCCUGCAGAUGAAGGUGAGACGCUUGGAGCACUUGCUCCAGCUCAAGAACGUGCGCAUAGAAGACCUCUCCCGGAGGCUCCAGCAGGCAGAGCGUAAGCAGCGGUGAGCCUGGGAGACGCCCCCUUAUCCGCCAGAGCCCAGACAUCGCAACUGAUGCACCCACCUCGAAGGGCAGACGAAUGGGUGGGCGGAGCCAGCUGCUCCAGUGAACCUCCUGGGACACAAGCGCCCCCUUGGGGUAUGAGUGAGCAUGGGGGGCAGUGGGACAGGAACCCUCCAAGCGGAGCCCAGGAACUGAGCCACUCCUUCCGCUCCAUCUGGGUCAGGAGAAUGGACCGCUUUCCAGAACCCAGAGGCCACAUGCAGAGACCUGGCGUGCGCCCCAAAUCAGUGCUUGACACCAGGGACUCUGCCUUGGUGCUCCCGGUGCUGGGCCUUAGGGGGUGGUCCCCCAGCUUGGUCCGCACCCUUAGAACCAGGUCCCCACCCAGCUCUGGUGACAGCAGCGUCUCCAUCCAGGCUAGUUCUCUGUACCAUGGGUCAAAGGGGAAGCUGUCCGAGACAGCUGAGGGGCUUCCUUGCCCCUCCUGGGCACUCACCUGGGACCCAGCUAAAAGCUGGAGAACACAGCAGCUGAAGAGGAAGGGGUGAGGUGUGAGCUCAGCCAUAGACUGUGCCUUCCAGGUGUCCUCCACUCCCACAGUGUAUGUUGAGAAUAUUUGGGGGAUGUGGAGCUGAGUUGUUCCCAUUAAAGUUAUGGUGUCCUU